AUGCCCGACCAACAGGAGUUCACCUUCCGAUUCCCUACCUACCCUCACAACGAGCAACUGCACGUUGAGGGUCAAGAUUACCAAGGAUACGCGCGCUACCCCGGUGAAUUCACUGACAUGAUGGCCUCUAUCCAACUCCCUGCGACGCACUCCUACGCAAUGGCCCCCCAUCAACGUUUCCAAGCAGCAGAGGCCUUCCAGUUCAGCGACUUCUCGCAGUCUAGCGGCUUGCUCGACGAUGAGCUGCCCCCCCUUCCUCCCGUUGUGCCCGACAACACGUUGCCCCCCCUUCCUCCCGUUGUGCCCGUCGCAGUCGCUGAAAACGCGUCCGACGCGUCCGCGCACGCCCGGGACGCAGCCAUGGCAGCUUGCAACUGGCAGCUAUCCCAGGAGUCGGGUGACGAGGAGCCGUCUACCGACCCCCUAGCCCCUCCGUCGCGUGCGACUUGGGCGGAACGCAACCCGAUGAACCCGGUCAUCAAGACUCGGGCCCGUCGUACCCCGCUCACACCUGCCCAGAAGGAAGCACGCGAGGUCGCGCGCCUCCAGAAGGAGAUCCGCGACGCCGCCCUCGCCGCCGACGUCAAGGCUAUGCUGCCGACCAAGGACGACAUCAAGCGCUGCGCUGCCAAGCAUGAGGUAGACAUCAAGAAGGUCGAGGAGCUCCUCGCCGUUCGCCUCAACGCCAAGCAGAAGCGCGAGAAGCAGCUCUAUAACGCCAUCAUGCACCACGAGAAGAUCCGCUUGGACAACACUGGCGAUAAGUCAACCGGGCAGGAGAGGCUUGAAAAACUUCACGCCAUCAUCAAGACGAAGAGUUACACGCGUGAUGAGAAGGAUUUCAUGCUCAACUCCCUCGAGCAGUACCGCCAGGAGAAGGACAACUCUGUCCGUUGCUCCAACCACGCCGCGAACAUGCACGUUCACAACACUGGGCGCCAAAUGGCUGAGCUGGCCGACGGUGCCGCGAAGCGUGCGGGCGUUUAUGUCGCUGUAAUGAUUGUGCGCGGUCAUAUCAAUGACACCAUCCAGCCCUUCUUUUACGCGACCGAUAACUCGGAGGAGUUCUUCGAGGGCGCGCUCGGAUUCUCGUCGGAUGAAGUCCUUCACAAGUUCGAGCAGUGGGGGUGCAAUCAGAGUGCCAACCUUGUCGAGCGCGCACAGGCUGCGGACACCCUUGGCAACGUUCGCAAGGAGUGCACAGAGGCUAUCCAGGAAGGCUUGCGCUCUAUCACACACUCCGGCGCACGCAUGUACUACGACAGCUAUGAGGAGAAAGUCGUCCAAGGCUACCGCGCGCGCCUCGUCGGCUGGCCGGCAGGCGUACCGUUUGUCCGCCCUUCCAAGAUAGGCACGGUAGGCGCCAUUCGCCGCCUUCGGGACGCGCUGGACAGCGAGGAAUGCCGCUGGGAAACCCUGGAUGGCAAGCGCGCCCCAAAGAGGCGUCGUAUCCUUGGGCCCUCCCGCGCCGCCAACAAGGCGAAGGCUUCGAAGGCUGCGCCGCGCAAGAAGACGUCGGCCUCGGGCACCCGCCGCGCUCCGAUUUCCCCCGAGACCAUCGAGGACUCUGAUCGCGAGUAG